UGGUCACCACUGGUCACUUGUCACUUCUGUUAAAUCAUGCCUCAAAAAAAUGUGUGUGGAAAGAACGGCUGCUAAACGUUUUCGGGUUUUAUCACUUUACACUUGAUUUUUUUAGUUUUAAGUGAAAAUUCGUGUCAACACGUAAAUGUAAGAUUUUAUAUUCUAUCGCGAUCAUUAUCAAUGAUUCAAAUACCCUGUUGAUGAAGCAGACAGUUUCCUGCACGCUUACGCAAGAGAAUUUGUUUUUGUAAAUUAGUGGGAUAAUCGCGCAAGUAUGACGGAUAAUAUCAAGCAAACAAAAAAUGAAACGGAGGAUCAAGAAUUAAACGAUUUAUUGGAUAGUGCUCUGCAAGAUUUCGAUAAAGUGUCUAUAUCAAAUAUCGAGAAGACUGAUGGAAUAGGUACAACGGAUUCACAGAAACAAACGGAUUCACAGAAACAAACGGAUAAACAUGAAAUUUCGGAAGAUAAAUGGACAGAGGAUUUUUUCAAACAAACAGCAAAUCAGUUUGAAAGAAACUUACAAAAUUUAUUGCAGAAUGGAGAUAAUGAGCUGGAGGCUGCUUUACAGAAGCUUGGACAAAUGUCGACUGAUGGUGCGGCGGGUGAAAAAGAUAUGAACCCAGAUUUUCAAUCGGCUAUUUCACAAGUUUUAAAAGACCUGACUACAAAUUCCGAAAGCUUACAGAAUGAAGCGGACGUUGCGGCUAUGCUCGGGCAAACAUCUUUUGACGGCGAUACUGGUGAUAUAUUGCCAUUUAUGCAGGGAAUGAUAGAGCAUCUUUUAUCGAAAGAAAUUCUUUAUCCGUCAUUGAAGGAACUGUCAGAAAAAUAUCCAGCGUGGCUAGAGGAGCAUAAGACGACUCUGAACGACUCUGAUUUACAGAGGUAUACGAAACAAUCAGAGUUAAUGCAAAAGGUAUGCAUCGAAUUGGAGAAGGAGAAGGAAGACGACGCGGAAGAUGUUAAACAACAUCGAUUCCAGUAUGUGUUGAAACUCAUGACGGAAAUGCAAAAUUACGGUCAAGCGCCUGAUGAUCUCGUUGGCGAACAGUGCUCGCUCUUUCAGUUCGAUUCCGAGGGCAAUCCCACUUUUCCAUCCGGAGACUCGCAGCAAGAUUGCUGUAUUAUGUGAAUGUAUAUGAAUACAUAACUAGCUGAAUGUUUUCUGGAAUAUUGUACUGUUUUGAUCAUUUUUUGUCAUUUUUGUUUCUUGUGAACGGUUUAAGAAGUUUUAUUGUUCGGCUUUCUACGAUAAAUAUUAAAGAGAUCCUAAAUAGUCCUUUUUUUCGACCAAAUGUUAUUAAUUUUCCUUGUCAUCAAUUUUCGAAUUGCAUUUACAGAUUUAAAUAUUCUUUUCUACAAUUGAAAUAUAAACAAUAACGCACGCGGUACAACUAUUUUAAAAGGAAAACGGAAUAAAAUUGAAAAAUUACAGUUGUUAUGGGCUUCUGGUGUUUAGGUUCAUACUUUGUACGUAUAAAACAAGCUUCAUCCCGAUAGAUGAUUAUUAUGAUCCCGGCAUUAAAGAAAAAUACUAUGCUUUUAGAAAUGAAUUUAGAUGCUUUAUAUAAAAGAUUCAUGACAAGGAAAAUUUCGUGUAUAUUUCGUCUGUAUGCUUGCGUAUGAAAAUUAGUAGGAGAGUAAAACAGAUUAGCUUUUGGAUAUCAUGAUAGAUGAUGCUAAAAUGGAAAAAUAAGGACAGAUGAUAUAUUCAUGAGUAUGUUGAACAAAGAGCGCUACCCUGCUUGCCUGACCUUAGCGCUAUACCCCUUACCUUUCGUCUUGCUCGCAACCGGAUGCCGCUCGAAUCUCGCUCGAAAAAAGAAUCUGUAAUAUCGACGUCAAGAAAGUUCGGCCUUAGGUUUAGCAAGCAUCCCCUGAGUAUACAAAUAUAUAUGCAAGAUAUCAUGAAACCUAUCCCUGGCUUAGGUAAAUCUUCAGAUUUUGAAACAUCUUUUUUUUAAUGAAAAUUGUGUGCAAUAAAUAUAAUCGUAAUAAAUUUUAAUUAUAUUUUAUAAUAUAUUACAUAGAGUAUAUAGAAUUAUAAUUAAGGAUUAUUUGGUAUAAAGGAUGUAAUAUAAAAAAAUUAAAGAUUUUCUACUGUAACCUGUUUCCCGUAAAAAUAAAAAAAUAUAUAUAAUAGAA